CGGACUCGGGAUAAGCAGCCUCAGCGUGCUGCAGGCAAUGUGGAUGGAUGGCUGAGAUCUGAGAGACGGGAGACACUCCAGUGAUGUCCCUGUAAUAAUGCCACCUCUUGCGGCUUUUAGAUUGAGUCUUCUGUGCUUGCUCGGUUACAGCGUGCGGGCUGCUUUCGCCAGAGCGCUGCAGGUUUCAGUCGUGCAGGAGGUGUCUAUAAAAGUGCAAGUCUUUGAUAACGGUGACCUCUCACCUCUGGUGGAGGCUGCGGUUAACGUUUACACAAACCAGUCCUGGUUGGCCGCAGGAACCACCGAUAAGGAUGGAGUGGCGCUGAUUACAUUACAGUACCGCCUGGGAACAUGGCUGAUUGUCUCUGCUGCAAAAUCUGGCUUUGUGACAAAUUCCGCUCCAUGGCAUGCCAACAAAACACCACUGUUUACAUCAGUGAGCCUUUAUCUCCUUCCAGAACGCCCAGCUACUCUGAUGCUGUAUGAAGAUGUGGUGCAAGUCCUUUUGGGAUCACCUGGUGCCAAGAAUCAGCCAUGGGUCCAGUUCCAGAGGAAGAAUGUUGGGCUUCCAGCAAACGCAUCCUAUAAUGACCUGUCUGCUUUCCUAACAACAGCCAACACCGAAAUGGAAGUGGAAGGAUUCCCCUAUCUCUUGGGCUAUGAAACCAACACAACAGUUAAUCACUCCAGACUUGAACUGAUUCCUGUGGCUGCAGUCAGCAUUCACCUGUUCACCAGUAAUGGCUCUUCCGUCCAAGUGUCCGGCCCCAUUCAAGUGUCUGUCCCUCUUCCUGCUGACGGCCUUGUAACGACAGCGAGAAACAUCCCAGCCUGGAAGUUUGACAGGAAGACUGGGGCCUGGCUCAGAAGUGGAACCGGGCUGAUUAAGAACGACGGAGGCCAGUUCACGUGGUCAUACAUUGCUCCGCAGCUAGGCUACUGGGCUGCAGCCAUGUUUCCGUUAACCCAAGCUGCAGUCAACCCCUCGAGAUUUGGAGACAUCACAACCUACCAUACCAUAUUUCUGCUCACCAUUCUUGGAGCUAUGGCUCUUUUGGUUUUGGUUCUUCUGUGCUUGCUUCUCUAUUAUUGCAGGAGAAGAUGCCUAAAACCACGCCAACAGCACAGAAAAUUACAAAUCGCUUCCACUUUAGACAGCUCCAAGAAGGAUCAAGCCACCUCCAUGUCUCACAUUAAUUUGAUCAGUACCAGCCAUUUGGAAUCGGUGUCCUCCAAUGGGGAUAUGGAUGUCCACACGCCAAUCCUGAAAUCCGCCUUUAGUACAUCUCGAGAGUUUGAGAGUUCGCGAGAGGAGUUCUUCAAGCAAAUUCCAUUUCGGGAUUCAAGUCAGAAGAUGAGGCACAUCAGCAAGGCAUCCACUGAUACUUUGGCUCAUCGAGGAAAUUCUAAAGAAGACUACCAUAGGCCGGUGGAGAGCUUCCCAUUGAAAGUUGCAAGGUCCAUGGAUACUUCCGGAGAAUUAGAACCACCUUUAAUGGAUGAGUACAGACGAAGCUAUAGUUCAAUGGUUUCACAACAACCGAUAGAUGAUAAAGGCAGAGAGGUUCAUGCCAGACGUAUUUUGGCUGAAAGUAAACUUUGUGCGAAUGAUCCGCCCUCGCCGCCACCACUGCCACCACCUUUUGAAUCCCUCGUUGGCCACAAAAUGGAUAAUAAGCCUUCAGAAUACAUGAUGUCCCAGUCUGUUGAUCACCUGGCCAGGCCUACGACAUUGUCCCAGCCAGGUCAACUGAUCUUCUGCGGUUCUAUUGAUCACAUGAAGGACAACAUGUACAGAAAUGUAAUGCCUACUUUAGUCAUACCUGCCCAUUAUAUGGGAUUAACUUCCGAUUAUCCUUGCAUGGAUCAGUCAGCGGGCGUACCAUCAGAACAAUUGGAGAUGAAAGGGGCUCCCAUGUCCCACCAGCAUGGGCCUCAGCAGUAUCAACAUCAGCAAGUGCAACAACCGACCCCCCAAUCGGAUGAUGGAGAAGGCAAAGGAUGGGGACCCCAUUCUUCUUCUAUGAGCGGCCCAAUGGCAGUAUUACUAAAUGAGUCAGCAAUGGCACAGAUGAAUGGAGAACUGCAAGCACUCACCGAAAAGAAGUUCUUGGAGCUUGGGGUAAAGCCUCAACAUCCCAGAGCCUGGUUUGUAUCAUUAGAUGGCCGUUCCAAUGCUCACGUCCGGCACUCCUACAUUGAUUUACAGACAGGAGAAAGGAUUGGAAGCAAUGAUGCUAGCUUAGAUUCUGGCGUCGAUGUGAAUGAAACAAAGCCUGGCAAAAAGGCGAAAGAAGACCGCGAUAGGCAAGUUCCUGGAAACGUGGCCUACAGUAAGCUGGUCUACAUGGAUGACACUGAGCAGAGCAGCAGUGAAAGCAGAACAGCCGUCUGUUCACCAGAGGAUAACUCCCUCACCCCUUUGCUCGAAGAGACUUCUGAACACAGGGAAACAAUUCACCGGCGGGAUCGCAGCAGAGGUAACAGCAUGAGGAGCAGCACCAGCGAGAUCCACAGGGAUUCCACCACCAGCCCAGAAGAGGAGAUGCAAGACCACUCUGAAGGGGCAGAUGACCAAGGUGAGAAUAAAAAGAGUCCCUGGCAGAAACGAGAGGAGAGACCUUUGAUGGUUUUUAACCUGAAGUGAAAAGUGGACUUAUUUUUCCAAGACCUUGAAUAAAAUCUUCACAAGUGUUUGAAAAUGCAUCAGCAUCCCAACAGAAAAUUUGAGCACAAACAAAACAAAAUGACAAAGUCUGAAGCAACAUUUCUGGUGACCUAAAAAAACUUCUUCAAGAGAGAAUCCAAAUGGAGAAGGAGAUGAAAGCAGCAAACCAGUUCUUCCAGAAUGUGUGCAUUUUUUGUUUUGUAAAGCUGAAGAAAUUGCUGUGAGAGAGGAACCAAUCCCGGUGACAAAACUGCACGUCUGCACGUUGGAACAUGCUGUCUUUAUCAAUGUUGUCUUUAGAACUUAAUACUGAGUUUUUGUAAAAAAAAAAUAUCAGUGUGGUACCAACCCACACAAUAAACUCAGUAACUGUUUUUCCUGAGGAAGAUGAAAAGACUAUAUAAUGGUUAGGUCCUUUUUGUUACUUUAAUUGGAACAACCCUACCAAAUGAAGCAGUUUCUUGCUUGAGGAGCAGUAAUUUUACAUGUCACAACUUUUUUGAAUAGGAGCAUUUUUGGAAGGUACUUUCCGUUUUCUUUUUCGUACUUUCCUUACUUGACCCAAAACCAAUCCCAGUAGCAGACCAUAUAGACCUGGUCCAGUACUCUCCAAGUGCCUUCUUUAUGUUUAAGUUGUGCAAAAAGGAGGGAAAGCAACUGACGCAAAGUUGCAGGUGAUGACAAAGAGCCUAAAAUUAGGAAGUCAGAAUUUAUACAUAUUUUGUAAGUGUGAUAUUCAAUAUGUGCAGAAACAGUUAAAGAACAGUAGCCCAGUUACAAUUUACCACUGUGAUUCUUACUAGACUGCAGCCAACCUGCCAGGUAGGAGUAAUAAUCACAGGUAUAAUUAAUUCAAGUGCUGUUUUAUAUUUAAAUAUAUUAGUUGCGUCGAGAUGAAUUGUUCAAUUAAUAUAUGUGAAAGAGAAAUAACUAGUAGCCUGAUGCCUAUAGGGAUUACCUAGCAAAUGAAUGAUGCAUUUGUAUGAUUUCUUGUGUAAAUCAGCCAAUGUACAUAGUGACUCGUGUAGAUUGAUGCAAGAGUCUAAACAAAGUACCUGUCAAGAACUUUAUCUGUGCACCUGUUAUGAGGGAUAUAUCUGGCCAUGUAAAGGGUAGGAGGGCCUAAUUUACUUGAACAAUGGGCUGCAUUUUUAGCCCUUCUGCCUGAAGAUUAGGAAGUGGGGGUGGGAGGGGUGGUUUAGCACCCUGAAAAUAGUUUACAUUCACCAGUGCCCCAUUACCUUGGCAAUGUCCAGUGUGGCCUACAGUGAGGCAGGCCCUGGGUCUGGCAAUAGGCCCAUUUCAGAUUGGGAUUCUGUGAUGUCAGUAAGACUGUGCCUGUCAUUUUACUGAGAUGGCUGGAUGGAACUAGUAACAGUUGACAGCCCAGCACUAGAGAACCCUAACAGUAGCUUCCUAAAUCAGGCUGGGAUGAGCAAGAGUGCUCCUCCACCAGGGAUCCACAAAUUUAGCCUGGACCAUUGUGUUGUGGCACUCUCCCUCCCACUGCCCCAGCAGACCUACUUUCUUCAGCCUAGAGGUUGACAAAACCACCCCUGGUCACCCAAACUCUGGCCACAACAUGCCAUCCCAAUGUAAAUGGGGUCCAGCCCUCAAAAUGGCCCAGAACUAUCAGCACAAUUGCCAAGCAUCUGAUUGGCACCUUCAACCAGUCAGAGACUAGAAGGUUGUUCAGAGAGAACUACACUCUAAUGACUGUAAGUAAAAUAUUGCUCAUCCAAUAUAUUGUCAAUCUAUGUCAAGUGAAUGUAUUCACCACAAAACAUUAAUUAGUUAAAAAUAAAUCAAGUGAAAUAAAUGUUAAUUUACUUUUAUUACUGUUAACUCCCUGUAGUUUAUUGGAUAAUGUGAAUAGUAUAUCUUACUGAAAGUGACUCUCUGCAUUGUGGUAUACACGUAAUAAAGUAUUUAAUUUGGGCCCUCCAAACAAGUAUUCACAUAACAGGAAUUUUCAGAGAGGAAUAAAUGCAGUGCUUAGCUGCAGAAAUUGUUUUUCACAUUUUUGUUUCUUUUUAUGAAUCAGUAACAUCAAAUAUAAGUCAAGUAAUAGUAAUGCAGUGUAUUAGGACACAUUGUCUUUUCACCUGAUAUACUUGGGUUCAAAACCCAGCCUAGGCGUAUGGGAUGGAAGGCCCCCUUGUCUGCCAAUUGAAAUGAGUCCAGGAACUAUUGACUUCCAGCUUGGGAGAUGCUUCCCCACAGCACAGAACUCACUGUAAUUGGACCCAAGUUGCAAAUCCCAAUGAAAGGCCCUUACAUAAUUGGAUGAGAAAAUGGAAAUUGUCAGGUUAACAUUUUUGGGACUAACAGGCUGUUCUCAGUAUCUUACCUUGCUAAAGUUACCAAGGCUGAAGAUGGCGGUGCAAAAGAAAGGGUGGGGUAUUCCAGUUAUCAUCACUGAUAAUUGGCAAAUAUUGCAUGACAUCAGAAAUGGAAUUAAUCGUUUUAGGAUAUCUAGUUUAAAAAAGCUUCAUCACUGUAUUGGACAGAUACAAGAUUAUUACUUUACUAAUUCAUAUCUAGCAAAAGCUUAUUUCUUUUGACAUGAACGUUGCUAAGUUCAUACCCUAUUGUUGAUUAAGAGUAGAUACACAGCCAUACCAAACUUUAACUGAUAUACUGAGUUCUCACAGGCCAUUGAGUGAAUGAAUGAUACCCAAUUUUCAUUAGGCUUAGACUUCUUAUUCCAUAUGAUCCAAAGUAAGCAGAACCUUUUCUUGCAAUACAGAAACUCAUUGAUAAAAAUAUAAAAAGUGAAGACUGAAAUUUAAUGUUGCAUUCAGGUAUUCAAUUCAACAAGCACCAGAUAAACAGUCCCAAUAUUGAUGAUACCUCCGGACCGUCACAUCCCCAGGGAAACUUGAAUAAAGUAUUUUAAAAAUUAAAGAUUGGAUUUGAGUAGAAUGAGUCCAGCCUGCUUUUUCAAUUUAUAGCCAAACAGCUUAUGAAUUGGAGCCCAGUCUACAUUACUGAUUCCCCCCCUCUUCUGCUGACAUUACAAAAAUACAGAAAGUGAUGGAUGGUAAACAACCUUCUGGUCCAUCAAGUUUGUGUCUCACAUCAUUUGUAUAUCAAAAUACAUACACUCCCCGCCAUACCCAGAAGCAAUACAACCUCAUGGGAUUCCAACAAAGUAACAUGAAGUAGAAGACGGGGAACAGCAGGGCCCCAGGUCAAAUCAUUUCUAUCACAAUAUUGUUAAAGACAGUAUGGAGAAAAGGGAAUUUUCUCAAACUAAAUUAGGGAGAGUGCAGCUGUCAUGGUACAACUGGAUUUUAAUUAACUUAAAUAGAUUUGAUUCAACAUUCAUUUAAUGUGCGGUUGUGGGGGGGGGGGGGGUGGAUUUAAUAAGCUACCAGAUAAGAUUAGUCCUUGGGUUUUUUAACAUUCAUAUUUUAUCCAAUAGAUUUUACACCUUAACAUGUCCUUUUCACAUCCUAAUAAUCCAUCCUAGAACUCAGGUGAGCCAUAGCCAGCAGGGAAAUGAUGCUAUUUGUUUGUGUCCUAGGUUCUUUUUGAAAACUUCAGUUGCAUUCAGAUUGUCAUUGUUUGCAUCACUUGAGAUGCUUAUGCUGAACACAUGAUCACAGGCAAUAUUUGAUCAAUAACAAAAAUGUUGACCAGCGGCAAGACAGUGGAGCCUCUUUUCAAGGCUGGGACUCAAUAGAGAGGAGCAUGGCUUGUGGAAUCAUUCGGUUAGUUUUAUAGCCCUAGUUUGAACCUGUGUGCCCCUACCUCAAGUGGAGCACCACAAGAUCACCUCGUAAUAACCUAGGUUAGACCAAAAGUAUAUUAAGGAAUGUAUUUUUUUUAUCCAUUUAAAAAACCUGUUAAUUGAGGUGCCAACAUUUCCUGUUAAUGCACAUAUUCAACAAUGUAAUUUUAGGCUCAAAAUAAGAACAACUUUAAGGGUUAUUGGUAAUUGUGGACUUGUUGCUUUUUUUAAACCUGAUAGACAAUUGUCUUGUGCCAUCAGUUCACACCUCCUUUUGGAGAGUUCAUGUCAUUGAGUUGUUUCAGAUGGUGUGCCACAACUGAGUUAAGAUGAAUGACCUGGACUGUUUUUGCUGGAUGUAAUGUAUGUGUGGCUACAUUUUAAACUGAUUAUUAGUGCUAGUGACUUGGUGUCUUUUGUUUGACUCUUGGCCACGUUUUGUUUUUACGAGGUGGUUUUAAACAGAGAUGUGUGCUUGGUAUCCAGUUUGCUCUUUUCAAAGACAACAUGGUCAAAAUGCUGUGCAAUCUUUUUUGCUUGUUCCUAAAGUUGUUAAUACAAAGCUUAUUAAAAAUGUUUGAGAAAUGAA